CCGGUCGUAUCUUACGUAUAUCCGCUUUCAGGAACAGAUUUCCUGCUCGUUUCUCAUUUUGCUUCCCCCAUUUUUUGCUUGCUGAUCUUUUAGCUUCAUUCUCGUCAGACUCGGUACUGCAGCGAUGCGGGUGUACGUGCUGUUCGCGGUGGCGGUGCUGUCCCUGAGCCCGGCGGCGGUGAGUGGAGCCGAGAAGAAGAAGCUGCAGAUCGGCAUCAAGAAGCGAGUGGACAACUGCCCCAUCAAAUCCCGCAAAGGAGACGUGCUGAAUAUGCACUACACCGGAAAGCUGGAGGACGGCACGGAAUUUGACAGUAGCAUUCCCCGCGACAGGCCUUUCACCUUCACCCUGGGCACCGGCCAGGUGAUCAAAGGCUGGGACCAGGGCCUGCUGGGCAUGUGCGAGGGCGAGAAGAGGAAGCUGGUCAUCCCCGCCGAGCUGGGGUACGGAGACCGGGGAGCCCCCCCAAAGAUCCCCGGCGGAGCGACGCUGAUCUUCGAAGUGGAGCUGCUGAGUAUCGAGAGGAGAUCCGAGCUCUGACGAAGAAGAAGGACAGCUUUGAGAACGUUUCCAGGAGGUGCUGCGGCAUUAAGUGGAGAACAAGUGACACCUGAUGAAGAUUAAAAGGCAAAUGUGAGAGAAGAGUCAGCAAAGCUCCUGUUUUCCUUCUACCAGUUUUGCUUUUUGCUCUGAUUCAUCGAAUUGGAAUUGAGGAGAUACAAAAACUGACAGUUUGUACCAGCUAAGCUCUAGAGUAAGAGUUGACAGCAAACAGCUACA